AUGCAUAAAAACGAAAACACGAAUUGUCAAUUUUUUCAAAAUGAUAGUGAAAAAAAGAACAUGUGUAAUGAAGAUUAUAAAUUAAAUAAUGAUAUUAUAAAUGAAGAAAACGAAAAUUUAAUAAAAAAUGAAAAUGAAAAAGGAGGAAAUGUUUCUUGUAAGCAUGAAUCUAAAACAGAUAUGGCAAGUAAUAAUAAUUUUGAAGAUAUAUCAAAUGGUCACUUAAGUAAUGAUAAUAUAGAAGAUAAAAUAAUAAAAAAUUAUUUAAAUGAUCAAAUAAAUAGUGUAAAUUCAAAUAUUAAUAAAGAAAAAGAAAGCGAAUCUCAGUAUGUUGAAAAAAUUGGAGACAGUAAUAGUGAUAUAGAUGAUUUACCAUUAUUGAAAACAUAUAAUAAUAAUGAAUUGAGAACUGAUGAUAAAACAAUCAGUAAAAAAUUAAAGAAAAAUGAAGAGAAUAAUGAAGAAGAAGCAAUGAAGAAAAAAGAGUUACUGAUUAAUAAGGAAAACAUAAUGAAUAAUAGAAAAGGAAAUAAUCCGGAAUCUGAAGUAAGCAGUGAUGAUGAAUGUUUACUAAAUCUAAUUAAAAAUGAUAAUAAAUUAGAUAAAAAUACAGAAAAAUUAUCUGAUAAGUCAAGUUAUGAUUCUGAUGAACCCAUCUUAAUUAGAAGUAAAAUGGAAAACGAAAAUAAUAAUAAUAAAAUCAUAUACACUAGUAGUGAAAAUAUAAACGCAAUUAAAAACUCUAAUUUAAAUCAUAGCAAUAAAUUUAUUGAAAAAAAAUUAAAUAAUAAUGUAAAGAAAAUGAAUGCAAAAAAAGCUAGUGUUAGUAAAAGUGGUAUUAGUAAGGGAAAUACUACUAAAAAAAUUAAUUCUGUAUCAAAAAAUAAACCUAAAAAAAUAAAAAAAAAGAAAAUAAAUAAAAAAAAAGGAAAAAUAAAAAAAAAAACUACAGAAAAUAAAUUAGAUAAAGAUUAUAAUGACAAUGACAUUGAAAAUGACUCUAUAGUUAUAGGUACUUUUGAUCCACGUAACCGUUCAAAUAAAGAAAAGUUAGUUGCUCAGUUAUUAAUUAGAUGGUGGUAUGUAUUACCAGAUUGGCCCUUACCUGAUUAUAAUUAUGAAGAAGAAUUAAAAAAAAGAAAAUUAAAGUUAGUUUCAUUAGAAGAAUAUGAAGAUAAAGAAGACAUAGACAAAGAUGGAUUUAGAAAAGUUUAUCAAAUAUCAGCAUUUCCUGGUGUUUUUAGAGACGCACUUGGAACAGCUUAUGAUUUAAGAGAUAAAAAUACAUGCCCAUGUUAUAAUAAUUUAAUAAAAAAAACUGAUCAUGAAUUAUUAGAAUUAAUAUGUGAAGCUAUUAAAAACCAAUUAAAAAGUUUAAAAAAUUCUGUUUACAAUGAAACAUACAAUGAAAAAAGAUUAGAAAAGGAAUUAAAAGAAGCAGAAUUAAAACUAAGUAGAAUUACAAAAAAAAAUAAACAAAAAUAA